GUAGCGCGAAGUAGUUAAGUUAGUAACUAACUAGUGAUGAGGAGCCGCGUGUUGUUUUUGCUGGUGGGCCUGGUGGUGUUGGCGGCGGUGGCGGCAGGUGAUGGGCAGUUCUUCUGCGGGCGGCGGCUGGCCAACACGCUGGCGCAGCUGUGCCCGGGCGCCGACAAGCGCGCGGCGCUGGGCUGGUGGCGGCGCGGCAAGCGCGGUGGCGUGGUGGCCGAGUGCUGCGACAACCCCUGCACCAUCGACGAGCUGCUCUCCUACUGCUAG